AUGAAGAACGAAGAAUGUUUAUUUCCUGUAUUAAAUCCUCCAAAUUCGUUAACUAGAAAUGAAAAUUAUUGGGAAUGUGAAGAAUGUUCAAUUAAUAAUGAAGAAUCAACAAAACGAUGUCAAAAUUGUGGAAAACUACGAUAUAGUGUCUCGUCAGUAUUUACUGAAAAAAUCGACAACAAAGACACUCUAAACGAAAAAGGAUAUGAUCAAACAUUACUAUCAAGUGUUGGUAUUAUGGGUGUUCCUAACAAUCAAAUAAAAAUAAGUUUAAUUCAAGAUAUUAAAGAAGUCGUAUUAAAUGUGUCAGGAAAUCCAUCAUUAAUUUCAUUUAAUGAUUCGAUUGAAUUUAUUUCAUAUAUUGUUAUUGAUAAAACAAACGAAAAUAAAGAUAUAGAUUUACCAAAACCUAACGAUAUUCUUAAACGAUGGAUUCAAAUUUAUAAUGGAGAAGAACCAUGCUCGUGUGAUCAAAUAAACAUACAAUUUCCUAAUAUUUAUCGAGUUAUUUCAACUUCAUUCAAUGAUUUACUUGUUGUUAUGUCGAAUCCAGAUUUUUUAAUUAAUAAUCUAUUUGCUCAUGUUUAUCUUGGUGCAGAUUGCAGUUAUUUUGAAGAUUUAUCUAAAUCUACAACGAAAGAACAAUUAAAAGAAGCUAUAAGUGAUUCGAUACGAAUAAAAAAUCUUUCGCCAUUAUCACUUCAUAUUGAACUAAAUAAACAGACAAGUAAUGCAUGCAUAAUAUCUGCCGAUAUAGCUCGGAAAUGGACAAAACAAGGUUUUCUCUUUCUUGGCGAUAGAUCAAUACCAAUAAAAGCAAAUUUAACUUAUCGCUUACUUCUUCAUCCAAUAUUGGAAAUUCAUCAUAAUGACGAGAUCUUGAAUCAAAAAAUAUUUAAUGGAGAAGCCAAAAUAAUUGAACAACGUGAAGACAAACUUAUUCUCGAAAUAUCAAGCAAGAAAAUUCAUGAUGAAUGUUUGAAAUUUGGUGUACUUCGUAUUGGUAUUAAACCAGUAUUAAAAAUGGAAAACUAUAUUGCAUUUAAAGAUCCUGAAGAAUUUGAAGUUGAUAUUGAAACAUGGUAUCAAACUGAAAUGGUUCGUUAUAAACCAGAUAUUAUUCAAUUUGUUGCCAAUCUUGAUCAUCCAAUAUUUCAUUACAAAUGGAAUUCUGACAUAUGGCUUGAACAAUUUCAAAGUACAAACUCGUUAAAUCUAAUGACAAAUAAUAAUUCAACAUAUCAUUCAAAUAUAACAUCUGAUCAAAUUCGUCACUUACUUCGAAUGACUGUUAUGUUAAAUACAAUUGGAGUUAUAAGAAAGAAAAAAUACCUAAUGAAUAAUCAACAAGUUAUAUUAAAUUUAGAUUCAAAAUUAAAAACAAUUGUUUAUAAUCAUGAAUCAUUAUUAGAAUAUAGUCAAUCAAUAGAAUUAAUAACAAUUCCUUAUAGAGAAACUAAAGUCAAAGUAUUCAAUGAAGAUUGUAUUAUUGUAUAUCAAGAUUGUUGUAAAAAGUAUAAAAAACCACUUCUACUAAAUAUGGCUAGUGCAACAAGUCCAGGUGGUGGAUAUAGAAAAGGUGAUGGAGCACAAGAAGAAAAUCUUUUUCGACGAUCAGAUUAUUUUCGAAGUCUUGAUAUUGAUCUUGAUCAUAUUCAAGAAGAAAUACCAGAACGAUUUUAUUGUUCAUCUGAUAGUGAAAUAUGUUGUCUUUCUGAUCCUAUGACAAUGUAUCCAAUGGAUGAAUAUGGAGCUAUUUAUACAUCAGGUUUAACAUUUUUUCGAAAAUCUGAAGAUAAAGGUUAUUCAUAUAUGGAAAAACCAUUAGAAGGUGUUUGUUCAUUAGCUAUAGCUGCAUAUCGAAAUCCAAAAUUAGAUGGAAAUAUGUUAUCACCUAAAUAUGCUGUUGGAAUGAGAAAAAAACUUGAAAAUCUCUUUUCUAUUGCAUAUAAACAUAAACAUGAUUGUCUUAUAUUAUCAGCUUUUGGUUGUGGUGCAUUUAAAAAUCCACCUGAUCAUGUUGCUAAAUUAUUUCGUUCAGUUAUUGAACAAUAUGCUGGAUUUUUUCAAACAAUUAUUUUUGCUAUUAUCAAUGAUCAUAAUACUGGACAACAACAUAAUCCACAAGGAAAUUUCAAAUCUUUCAAAGAUGAACUAGAUGGACUUAUUUUUCAACCUAUUUUACCAUUGAACAAACCAAAUACAAUAUCUGGUCCUUAUCGAAUUUCAUGUGAUGGUUUAACUACAAAUGAUGUAACAAUAUUUGAUUUGCAACCUUGUUCUUUUGGUGCCAAAUGCAGUGAAUUAUAUGAUUCAAAACAUGCACUCAAAUAUUCUCAUCCAACUUUAUGUAAGCAACGAUAUCUAUCAGGUAAUUGUACAGAAAUCAAUGAUUUAAUUCAUAUAUCUUCAUUUAUUCACCGAAAUCCAUGUAAAAGUGGUGCUCAAUGUAAAGAUAUAGAUAAUGAAAAACAUUUUCAAGAAUAUGAACAUCCAUCUUAUUGUCCUAAUGGAGGAUAUUGUCAAGAUACAAGUGAUAAUCAUGAAAAAGCAUAUCGACAUUUACCUUUAUGUAAAUAUUUUCAAAAAUGUUUAGAAUAUCAAAAACAUGCUAAAAGUCAUUGUGAGAAAUUUCGUCAUUAUAUGCUUCAAUGUGAGUUUGGAAAUUAUUGUGCUAAUUUCCAUGAUAGACAACAUAUUGAAAAUUAUAAACAUCCGUUUCCGUCACCUUGCAUAUUGACGCCGUAUCAUUGUACAUUACAUGAACAAUUUACAAUGGCUAAAGAUCCGAAAUCACAAUCAGAUGAAAUUAAUUAUCAUUGUCUAAACUUUGCUCAUGUAUGUAGAUUUGGACGAAACUGUACAGAUAAAGAUUCUUUACAUUGGGAAAAAUCAAUUCAUGUACCUCGUUGUCUUUGUUCAUAUGGUAAUAAAUGUGCAAAACUUAUUCAAGAAGAUCAUUUGAAUUCAUUUACACAUCAAAAUAUUCGUGAUAUUCGUUUUCUUUGCAAACAUGCUGAUAAAUGUUAUGAACGUCGAAAUCCAAAACAUUUAUCUAAAUUUCGACAUAUAAUUACAUUUGAAGAUAGUGGUGUUGUUCGGUAUUAUAAUUUAAAUAAAAAUAUUGAUUUUGUUCAAAAUCAAAAAGACAAUAUCGAACGAGUUAUACAUUUUAUAAAAAAAGAAAAAUGGGAAGCAUUAAAAAAUGGAUCAAUUCCACAAAAUAUCAUUGAUUGGAUACGUACUGUUCAACCAGUUCAUCGAUGUAAACCAGAAAUAUUCGAAUCAAUCCUUCUUCAUGGACAUGUGAUGAGCCGAGAUCAUAUGGAACAAUUAAGGGAUCCACGAUUUGUUGCUCAUGCUGUUCUUCAUCACAGUCAACUACGACGAAUUAAAUAUUUAAAACAGAAAAAAUGUGCGCAAGAUGUAAAAGAAUAUAUUUAUGAAUUAGUUAAAGAAGAAUUUGAAAAACAAGUCCCUGAUGAUAAAAGCUCUGAUGCGACCACAAUAAUGACUACAUCAUCGUCUUAUAUAGACAACGCAGCGUAUCGUAAACAGUUAAUUACAAGCAAAGAAGUUAUUCUUUCAUAUAUUCUUUCUAAAGAAGAAAUAACAACAAUCAAACAAACAUCUAUUGAAAUAACUCAAGCUUCGAUUAAACUUCAUUCAUGUCCAACUGGAUAUGGUUAUGGACCAGAUAAAGAUUUAGGAACAAAUAAAAACGUCUUCUCUAUCCUGGGACCAAAUCUAGGACACUAUUAUGGAGAUAUAUUUAUUGUAUUUAAACGUGAAAUUCUUCAUCAUCCAGAUGCAAACUUUUCUAUUCAAGCAGCAACAUCUUAUGCUAGUGGUAAUGCUUUUAAAUGGCGUCCAUGGUUAGGUCAUGAUUCUGGUUCAAAAGAUGAUCGCGUCAAACUAUUUCACAAAACAAAACUACAUGCAUCAAUAACAGGCUAUGAAUAUGCAACUGCUCUUGAACUCAUCGCUAUAACAAGUCAUUACUUACAAAAGAAAUCAAUGAAUAUUGAUUUGGAAACAAUACUUAGGCGUUGGAUUAAUGCUGAUUCUCAUGCAAACAUUGAAGGACAUUUACCUCAACUUAUUCCACUUGAUUAUAUCGAUCAUAUUUAUAUACCACAAAAUAUAUUUGAUUCAUUUGAUAGUAAGACUCGUCAGACAAUCAAAUCUAUUUUUGAAAAUCGUAUUACUACGACAUCGCAUCAAAUUGAAAUGGAUCAAUAUGAACCUAAAUCUGGUCCAAAACCUGAUUCGAAAGUUCGAGCUGAAUAUCAAGAUUUUGUUAUCAAAGAUUUAAUUGAUAAAUUUGGUCAACGUGAUAUUCAUUCAAUUUCAAGACCUAUUCAAGGUAUUGUUAUAACAAUACCAUCAACUGAGUUUACUGAUAAUUAUCUUUUACCUUUAACUAUUUCACAAGCAUAUCAACAAUAUAAAAUGAAUCAUCUACAAACAUCGACUAAUAUCAUAGUUUAUAUCUAUUGGCAAAUAAUGAAUGGUGAUAUGAUGUUAACAUUAUCAAAUGAACAAAUUGAUACAGGUAAAUCUCAAUCAAAUCUACAUUGUUUAAUAUGUUAUAUAGCUGAAAAACCUUCAACAAAAGAUAGUCAUUAUUAUGAAAAUGUAUCUUAUUUACAUAGUGGUCAACCAUUUGAACAUGAAAUAGUUAUAAGUGAACGAAAAUAUGCAGCUAGAUCUCGAUCAUUUUUUAUUGGAUGUAAUACAGAUGAUUUUAUGACAUUUUGUCUUGAAAUAGAAGUUUCAACAGGAAAAGUUAUAUUAUCUCAUGCAGGUUCAAAUUCAAUUUAUAAUCAUGAAAAACUUUGUUCAACAUUUUCGAAAACGAAUCUUGAUCUUACAGAAUUAAAUUAUAUUUAUGUUAGUGCUGGAGCUCAUA